GUAGGGCGGGGCCGGGCCGGGCCGGGCCGGGGGCAGCGGGCAGCGGCCGCCAGCACCAUGGCAGCCCGGCGGUGCUGCUGCAGCCGCCUCCUCCUGCUCCUGCUGCUCUUCCCCGGCGGCAUCGGGCCGGCGCUGGGCAAGUCUCCGGGGGACCCUCCCAGCCCGCAGGAGGUGCUGAUCAAAGUGCAGGUGUAUGAGAGUGGCGACCUCUCCCCCCUGGCCCAGGCUGCCGUGGAGAUUUAUGGGAACCGGACCUCACUGGCCUCAGGCUCCACAGACCAUGAGGGCAUCGGUGUGUUGCCCAUCAGCUACCGCUUGGGGACCUGGAUCCUAGUCACUGCCGCCAAGCGGAGCUACGUCACCAACUCUGUGCCCUGGCGUGUCGACAAGCUGCCACUGUAUGCCUCUGUGAGCCUGUAUCUGCUCCCGGAGCGACCCGCCACCCUCAUCCUCUAUGAGGACUUGGUGCAGAUCUUGCUGGGAUCACCAGGGGUCAAGAGCCAACCAUGGGUGCAGUUCCAGCGCAAGGCAGCUCGCCUGCCCCGCAGCUCCACAUACAGCCAGCUUUCUGCAUCACUGACCACGGCUAGUGGGGAGCAUGACAUGAAAGGCUUCCCAUCCUUCAUCGGGGCUGAGAGCAACGGUAGUGCCAACAGCACCUGGCUGGAGCUGGCCCCCAUCGCCGCCAUCAGCGUCCACCUCUUCACGGGCAAUGGCACCGAAGUCCAGCUGUCUGGCCCCGUCCACCUAUCCAUCCCACUGCCUUCUGACACCAAUGCCAUGACAGCCACCAGCGUGCCAGCUUGGAGGUUUGACACCAAGAGUGGCUUGUGGAUCCGUAAUGGGACGGGGCUGAUCAGGAAGGAAGGCCGUCAGCUGUACUGGACGUUUGUCUCUCCUCAGUUGGGUUACUGGGCGGCAGCACUGCCCUCCCCAACCACAGGGCUGGUGGCAAUGGCUGCAGGGAUGAAGGAUAUCACCACGUACCACACCAUCUUCUUGCUCACUAUCCUGGGUGCACUGGCCCUGCUGGUCUUGAUUCUGCUCUGUCUUCUCAUCUACUACUGCAGGAGGAGGUGCUUGAAGCCCCGGCAACAGCACCGGAAACUGCAGUUAUCUGGGACCCUGGAUGCCUCCAAGAAAGACCAGGCCACCUCAAUGUCUCAGAUCAACCUGAUCUGCACUGGCCACAUGGAGACAACAUCAUCCAAUGGGGACACAGACAUGCACACGCCCAUCCUCAAAUCUGCCUUCUCCACCUCCCGUGAGUUCGAGAGCUCCCGCGAGGAGUUCUUCAAGCAGGUCUCCAGCCAGAAGCUGCGGCAUGUCAGCAAGGCCUCCACGGACACCCUCAGCCACCGAGGCGCCCCCAAAGAAGACUACCAGAGGCCUGGGGAGGGCUUCUCAUUGAAGGCGGCCCGCUCUAUGGAUGUGCCAGGUGCCCUGGAGCCCCCGCCGUUAGAUGAGUACAAACGCAGCUUCUCUCACCAGCGCAUGGAGGACAAGAGCACAGAGACACAGAGGAAGCACUCACGGAAUGAAAGUAAGCCCUACCUGCAGGAGCCGCCCUCGCCCCCACCCCUGCCGCCCCCCUUCGACCACUAUGUCGGGCACAAGGGAGAGCCCAAACCCCCCGAGUUCAUGAUGUCGCAGUCUGUUGAUCACCUAGCCAGACCCACCUCCCUGACCCAGCCGGGGCAGCUCAUCUUCUGUGGCUCCAUCGACCACAUGAAGGACAACAUGUAUAGGAACGUCAUGCCCACUUUGGUCAUCCCAGCCCAUUACAUGCGGCUGGCAUCAGAUUAUCCCGGGUCAGACCAGGCUGGGGCUGCCAGUGCAGGCAGGGAUGGCCAUGCCCCACCAGUUUGGACCCCAGGACCAGCAACAGCUGCUCCUCCAGCAGCAGCUGCAGCUGCAGCACCAACAGUACCAGCAGAUGCAGCAAGCAGGGCAGCUGGGGGAGGACUCGGAGGGCAAGGCUGGGGGACUCACUCAUCCUCUGUCAGUGGCUCUGUCACCAUCCCAGUCCUGUUCAAUGAGUCUACCAUGGCCCAGCUGAAUGGGGAGCUGCAGGCACUGACAGAGAAGAAGCUGCUGGAGCUGGGCGUGAAGCCACACCCACGUGCCUGGUUCGUGUCACUGGACGGGCGUUCCUCCCAGGUACGGCACUCCUACAUCGACCUGCAGACCAGUGAGAAGAGCCGCAGCAAUGAUGCCAGCCUGGACUCAGGUGUGGAUGUCAAUGAGGCCAAGCCCCACAAGCGGCCCAAGGAGGAGCGGGAGCGCCCCACAGCCCCUGCCCCAGCCCUCGCCCCAACCCAAGCCCCAGCCCCUGCCGGUGUGGCCUACUCCAAGCUGGUCUUCACCGAUGACACGGAGCAGAGCAGUAGUGAGAGCCGCACAGCCAUCUGCUCCCCCGAGGACAACUCGCUAACACCACUGCUGGACGAGAACGCCGACCACCGGGCUGCCACCAUCCCCCGCCGGGGCCGCAGCCGGGGCAACAGCUCCCGCAGCAGCAACAGCGAACUGCGCCGGGACUCCAUGACCAGUCCUGAGGAUGACAUGAAUGACCCAUCGGAGGGGGGGGACGAGCAGGGGGACAAGAAGAGCCCCUGGCAGAAGCGCGAGGAAAGGCCACUGAUGGUCUUCAAUGUGAAGUAAGCAGCAGGGGGGCUCGGUGCCCCACCCUCUCUGCCCCCCCAGCUCCCCAGCAGUGCCUGCCCCAGCUCAGCCAGUUUGGCAGGUGGGUGGGUGAGCUCCCUGCUCUGGGUACAGGAGGUGGUGGGGCCAAAUGCACACUCCUGUGGGGAAGCCCCAGGAGUCUGGAGGACUCCACUCCCCCAAGGGGAUCACUGGAACCCUGUGAUCAGGGGGUGACAAGACACCUGGAUACCAUGGACCGCACAGACCUGCCCCACCCCACCAGAUUUCAUCUCCUGGGUUGAGCUGCAUCUGGGACCCAGGGGAAGGGAGGGACCUGCCCUGGGAGGCAGACAGCGGAGAGCCACAGACCCUGGCCCAUCCUGCGUCUGCCCCAUCCUGGGACCUGCUGUCCAAGGCAGAGGGGGGGCGAGGCGGCCAGGAGCUCCAAGAAAGGGGGGACUACAAGGACCAGAUAGCACCUGUUUAAUCCACUGCCUUUAAUGCCUGGUCUCAGCUGCUGCCCCCCUCUCCCCUUCCAGGCAAGGAGAUUGGGCUGGGGUGGGGGGCACUGAGUGAGGCCAUGUUCCCUCUGCCAGCCUGAGCCAAUGCUGGAGUGAGGGUUCUUGCCAGGCAGGGUGGGGGCAGAGCUCGCAGGGCCCCUGAAGCAGAGAAGGAUGGCUGGGUGCCUGGAACUGGCUCUUCUGAAGCACACUGUAGGGUGGUUGGUGCCACCACAUGCUGCCUGCCUGCCCACCCGCCACCACCACCAUGGGAGGUGCCGUGCGCGCCAUCUGCCAACCCUGCCUGCAGGACAGGCCUGCGUGUAGCUACUCCUUCAGAGCCAGAGCAAGAAACUGAGGCCAGGGUGCUCCCUGCUCAUGCCCCCCCUGCAUGGGUAGGACAGUGCCUGCUUGUGGUUGUGGGGUGGUGGGGGUCCAUCAUCACCUUCCUCCCUGAGAUGGGGCUGGAUGGUGGCAGUCCCAGGCCUUUCCUGGACAACAUCUCACUCCACUCACCUGGCCCUGCCAGAUGGGCUUCGAGGCCUGGGCCCCCAGCGGGUGCCUGGCCAGUGCCUGUAGAUAGGGGAGGUGUUCUGAGGGGAACCAGAGUCUUUCCAGUCUGUCGGGUGUCUCUAAUCAUACUGCCAAACCUCUGUAGCAUGAGGACCAGGAAUCUCCUCCAGUCCUUCUUCUGCCCUUGGAGUGCCCCCCUCCCCCCCAAAAAAAGGUGCCUGUGCUGUUCUGGUCCCAUCCCUCUCCAAGUGCCUUCCUGCCCUUUGCUCCCCCCCACCCCCAUGGGGGGAUGUCACAGCUGGGAAGUGUGUGCAGGAACAGGCCACAGGCUAAAUCCGCCUUCCUGCCUAAGCUGCUUUCCCUUGGGCAGGCGGUUCCCUCCAGCCAGGCUGGCACAGCUUGGCAAUGUCUCCCCCGCCUCCCCUGCACCCACCCCCCUGCCAAAGCCAAGCAGGUUCGAGCAUGGAGCCAGGGCAGGUAGGGGCCACUGCUGGAAGAGGACUGAGGGUGGACCAUGCGCUGGCAGGGGGGGUAGGGUGCAGGGGGCUGCUGGGUCUGUGCCACAAGGGCUUAAUGUCUAAUAGGGAGUAAACCAGACUGUGUACGUGUCUUGUGUGUGUGUGUGGUGCAUCCCACAGUGCCCUGCAGCAGAGAGGCUUCCCCAACCAGAGCCUAGGAGUUGUGGGGAGGCUGUUUCCCUGCUGCCCUGGUGUUGGGGGAGGCAAUGGGGGAGAGACUGGGAGACACUGUUUGGCAAAAUGGGGGGGAGGGGCACUGCAGCCAAUGUCUCUCUACAAGAAGGCCACCAGGAACAAGUGGAGUGGGGCAGGCGGGGGGCUCUUGCUAGGGGUGACAUGUCAUGGAGAGAGGAGUGGGUUCCACUGGCUUUUACCUUUAACUUCAGUGUCUUUCUGCCCUAAGUGGGCUGGCCCAGGGGCCUCUUCCAGCCCUCAUGACUCUUUGCCCCUGCUAGCAGCACAGCAGGGCCUGAUCCACACCCACUCCUUCUCUGUGCCUGCUCAAGCAGUGGGCACCAAGGGAGGCCCACGUGCUGGUCCUUCAAUGGUGGGGGAAAGGCAGGCAGCUGAACACCCUCCAUAUGAAACAUGGAGGACCAGGGCCUCUUCCUGCAUUGGAAAGAUCUUGCCUUAAAUGCUGUAUGGACCAGGGUGAGCGGCACCUCUGCUUUGCCUGAGGUGGGGGUUGGGGGCACUGGAUAUGUCAAGGGGGGGGCCAUUCCCCUGCAGGGCUAGGCCAAACCAGGAGAGGCUCUGCUCUGGGAAUAGUCCUAGAGCAGCCCAGUGAGGGACCCACAUGUCAGCCUGGGAGGGAAGUGUGCCCUGCAGUUCCCAUCAGAGCUUCUCCAGGCCAGCUAUGCUCAGGCUUUGCUGGGCCCCUCCUUUUUCCAAGAGCACAAGCCUGUGUAGCCCUAUGUACUGGAAUACAGCCCUAUGAAUACACCCUAUGCAGCAUAAGGCCCCUGCCACAUGCCAGGGCUGCAGGGCUACAUCCCCCCACCACUGGGCCAGAUGCUUUCACUGCCCCACCCCUCUCCCCAGCCUUCAUCUUAGAAACAGCAGCAGCCAGCAGGACUGGUGGGAUUGGUGAUGCUGAAGCUCCUUUGGUGCUAUUUGGUUCCAGCACCAUGGGGCUCUUGCCAGCACCAAGGCCCCUCUCCAGCCCCUCCCCUUCCUGCCCCCCCCCCGCUUGGAUUUUACUCCUGUUUCUAAUGUUUUAUACGUGGCAAGAAAAAAGAACUGAAUGCCGGGUCUGUGCAUGUACUAGGGUAACCCUCCUGGGGGUGGGAGUGGUGGGACAGGGACUAGAGGGGAACUAGCUUGACCCCCACUAGCUCUGCUAGCCACCGACUGAGUGCAAAAACUCUCCUCCCUGUUCCCCUAGGGAGGGACGAGGGAUCCAGCGAGAGCUCUGGUCCGCACUGGCCUGAUUACUCCUUGUUCUUUAGAAUGGUAUUAAUAUAUAAAACCCCCUUCAAAGCAACACCCGUGUCUGGCCUCUAUUUCACUCAGGUUCAGGAGAUGACGCCCUUUCUUCACGUCUGCUACCCCAUGGUUGUGCCACGCAAGGGCCUGCUUUUAGCCCAAUCCCUGGGUGGUGCCUGACACACUGAGCGGGGCAGGGAGUUGAGAGCAAUGCUGGUAGGGGCAGGCUCCAGUUGGUAGUGGGCUUGUAACAGGACUGGUACUCCAGCACAAUCAGGCCCCAACUCUUCCAGCAGCUCCCAGUAAAACACAGCUAAGUUCACAUGACUGCACACAGCAGGGACCGGUCAUAAAUAUAGCUAGGGGUGGAGGCAUGUUGCACUGCUUCCAGGCUAAUCAUCCCUGCCCCCCCCCGCCCUAGUACUAGUAGGGUGAAAGCUGUUCCCCUGAAGCAGAUAGGUGCCGAAAACAGGGCUGGCAGCCAAGGGGGGGGCUAAUGCCCUGCUUGUAAUCCAAUUCAAGCAAAGCAAAGCUGGGCUAAAAGUAAUACCUGGAGUCUUCACUGGAGGAAGCAUAAGGCAGUCCCAGCCUGGCAGAGUGGAUGGCAUGGCUAACAGUUGGAUUAGGGGAGGACCAGCUGAGGUUUAGCACCCCCUGCUGUGCCCAAAUUGCUUUUGCAGCAGCCAUCUCUCCUUACCCACCAUGCCACCCCCAGAAUACACCAAGAACUCAUACAACCAGCACCCCACUGCACUAUCUA